CACUGAUCCUUAGGGAAGAGUCAUUGUGUGAAAUAAACAUUUUAUUUGGAGCCUUCACACCUACAGCAGGUCUGUUAGACAAAACACUCAUCUUUUAACACGAGUGUGAUUUUUUAAAGAAAUUAAUAGGCUAUUAUGUUGCACGCUAUAGGCUAUGUAUGAAUUUGAUAAACUAAGAUUUUAAAGAGAUGAUUAGAAUUCAUUUUAUUUGAUAUGACUAGACUACAAGCAUUGCAAGUCUUGCCAGGAUGCCACAGACUGUUUAUAUUUGGACUAAGCCGUUCACUUGGUUGAUUAGUGGUUACCUAAGCGUUCCAGGUAGCGAGAAAAAUCGCUUCCAAGUGUCCGAUUCAGGGCACAGGCGAACAGCGACCUCAGCACGAUGGAAAUAUGACAGAAAGUCCAUUUCAACAUCGUAUGUUCUUCUCAUGCGAAACAGAAGACUGAUGGAAGAUGACAAAUCAUAAAAGCGGAAGUUGGUCGAUCGAUCAGAGUAAAUCAGUUUGCUAGCUGAGAAAUUUUAGUGGGCUGUUCAAUUGCAGCCUAGUUGUUUUCCCUGAUUGGCUAUUUACGUUUCGGCGAACCUGUUUCUGAUUGAAUUUAUCUAGACUUUCGUCGGAGAAAUGAGCUGCGUAAUGUUAGUGGAGUUUGUGGGGUGUUUAUUUAGGCAACUUCAACCAGAGAAGUUGCAGUGUUUUGUGCUCCGGUCAAACAAACAUGCGGGACCUGAACGUGCUUGAGCGCUCCUCCGUGUUCGCCGCGGAGAUGAUGAAGAUGGAGGUGUUUGAUCGGACGCCCACGGAAAAAGAGCUCGUCUCUCAGUCCAAGGAACUCUGUAGAGACUUCAUUCACUCCAGAAUCGUAAGGGAAGGACUAAGUUGGUCAAAAGUCGAGUCUGAUCUGCCCGAGCCACACGGAGCUCUUGUAGAUAUAUCUGUGGUGCUGCUAAAACUGGGUAAGAAAACCACGAAUUUAAAGUUCUUCUCGUGGAAUUGCGUUUACUUUCAAGGGAUCACAUGGGGCAAAGUGGUGGCCAUCUACGCUGUAGCAGCCGGGCUGGCGGUGGACUGUGUGCGUCAGGGCCAUCCAGUCAUGGUGCACACCAUAGUGGACAGUCUGGGAGAGUUUGUGCGUAGGAACCUGGUCCCAUGGCUCAAAAAGCGAGGAGGAUGGGGGGACAUUUUAAAAUGUGUGGUGAACAUGGACUCUAGAGCUCGUGCCCACUGGUUAUCAACAGCUGUGUUCUCAUGGAGGCAAUUCUUAAAGACCAUGUACAUCUACCUGACGAAGUAGCCUCGUGCAGGAAAUCAUCCUGUUGACUGAGAACUGAAUCUUUCCCUCCCAGGACUAUUUGAAUGGUCCAUUGUACUGUUUGUGGAGCAAACGGCCCCUCACAAAGGUCAUAGCACGUCACCCGGGUUCAACCGCACCUUAAUCCUCUUUUACCUUUCAUUAUUUCUUUAAAAUAUACUAUGUAUAGACUGAAACAAAUACUAUGAGCUGACAUUGUGGGGGUGUGGGGGGUGGCAC